AUGUCUGAUAUUAGUGCCUCAGAGUAUGUUUCGCGGCAAGAAGAGCUUAACGACGAGGCAAGGCAGGUGAUGCCUUGGGAUGCUUCAAAAUGCACGUAUGAAAUGGGAGCUCUCAAGCAACAGGUUUUUGCUUGUCGGACACAUAAUGUUGGCAUAUGCUAUUCAUGCGCCAUACAAUGUCACACAAAAUGUGACCUAGUUGAACUGUUCACAAAGAGAGGGUUUACCUGUGAAUGCGGAACAGAAAAGGAUUCGAACAUCGAUGCAAACAAUAUUCGCUGCCAGUUACGUAAGAACACUGAGGCGGAUAUCCCUUCUUCAACAAACAGAUAUGGCCAUAACUUUGAUGGAAGGUUUUGCUCGUGCGAUGAAGAGUACGACCCUGAGAGCAAUGUAGUGAUGUUACAAUGUCUUUUGGGAACCGAAUGCAAUGAGGACUGGUACCAUGAUCAUUGUAUAUUGGGCAACGAAGCAGGGCCAUGUAAGAAAAUUGAAGCGUCUAACUCAGAGUGUCUUACUGAAGGGUUUCCCCCAUUGGAAUCCUUUGAUGGUUUAAUUUGCUGGAAAUGUAUCAAAAGACAUCAUUCAGUAUUUCAAAGAAUGAUCUCACACCCUCUAUCGGAGAAAAUCAUUGAACAAGUGGUGCCUCGUAAUGGUACCAAUGAAUCAUCGAAUAAAUCUAAUGUACGCAAAAGGAAUAUUGACCAGGUUGACAGUGUUCUGACUCCAACAGUGGAUUAUUCUAUCCUUUUGAAACCUGGUUACUCUAAGCAUUUUAAAGAAAUCAAAGAAGCAUGUUCGAAAGAUGAUAAACUAUUCAUCUUUUUCGAAUCGCUGGCACCAUUUUUGCUCGAAGACGAGCAUGUGUACGAGCCACCCAUAGAUGUCGAUGAUGAUAGGGACACCGACGAUUUGCUUCAUAACAUACUGCAAAAUGAUUUUGAUAGGGGGCAGGCGAUAGCUGGAAUAUCCGCCUUGAAUGCCUUGAAGUCCCGUUUAACCGAUUUUUUGAAGCCAUUUGCUGAAAGUGGUCAGGUCGUUAAGGAAGACGACAUAAAAAGGUUUUUCGUUGGAAGAGAAUAA